GAAAGCGUUUGUAUAAAAAACAUAUCAUCUAUUCAUGUCGUAAUUUCGAGUUAAAUAUUUAUUUUGUUCAGCCUCCUGAUUGUCGUGUAUUUAUCUUAUGAUAUGAGCAUGAACACAAAUUUAUGUAUAAGAAUGCAGCAGUGCCGAAACUUAAGGUAGACGAACCUAUUAUAUGGCUUUGUAACAUUAAACAAUGAAACGCAUUACGAUCAAUGUUAAGAUCAUGUUAGCUGUACAUGCACAAUUACAAAACUUAUUUUAAACUGAAUAGGUGUAAUUUUGUUAUCACACAAAUAACGCUAUCGUGCAUAUAGUUUCCUUUUUGAAAACAACACGCAUUAUGAUAUAAGCGCUGAUACAAGGAAGGAUUACAUUUCAAAUAUUUUUAUAAAGAUUGAAUUCUGUGUGUGUUGAGGAUAUUAAGAAACAAGAUAAAAUAUAAAUGGAAUAAUCAGUUCAAUAUGAUGCACAAACUUGGAUAUUUCCUUCUGACCUUUUGCAUUUUCAACUCUCUUUGUGAGACGGAAAUACCCGUAAUAGUGAACAACACACAGGAGGUCGACCCUGCACUGUACCAGCCGACUGUUUCUGCAGUUCAAACACCAGGAAUAAGAACACUGAAAAACUGUUCGCUCGUACCAAAAUUCCCAGAUGUCAGACACUUAAUUUCAACAUUAGCAUCUGAGAAUAAACUUGUCAAGAUCAAAGUGGUUAUUAUUGGUGAAAAUGGACCUUUGAACGACACAUAUCCGGGGUCUGUGUAUAAACCGCACCAGUGGGUUAUAUCAACCAGUCUGACUGGAAACUCGAUGCUCAUGCUCAAAGAGUAUUUUGACGCCAUGUCGCUUAUGACAUUGGGCCAUGGUGUUGCAAGCGCUCCUUUGACACUGAUUCAGAAACCAGAUCAUUGUUUAAAAGAUGCACACGUAGAAGAAAUUGAAAACAGUUUAAGACUUCAUUUUUUAACCAAUUUUGACGCAAACGAGAACGAUUUACCGGAGAAUGCAAUAAUAUGUAAUGCGCAUGUCCAACGAGUAAAAGAGACAGAUGGAAAAAUAGUUUACGUCUGCUGCAGCCGAACUUUAAAUAAUAUGCUCCAGUGCUCAGUUCUGAAAGAGAGCACCUGGUUCAAGUUACUUUUUGUAUUGAUCUCUGUCCUGCAAGUUCUUAUUGUUUUAUACAGUCCGUAUUUUGUGCCAGCUUCUGUAUCUACAGCUAAAAAUGUGUUCCAGAAAUUUUUAUUCGAGACUGAAACGGGGAAAGUACUUAAACUAAAUGUAAAGAAAAUAGCGGAAACAGACAGUAUUAGUAGCGGAUUUGUAAAAACAAUACAACAUUCUUUUUCACACCUCAGCAAUUUCAAAAUGCAUCUCAAAAAUAUGGUACCUGGGAAAGCAUAUACAAUCUAUGUUAAAGGUGUUGAUAUGGCCGUUCGUAGUAGUAAAAUCAUUGCCGAAGGAAAAGCUCCAGUGAGUGUCAUGAGCUUCAUCAGGAACUUUUUCGUUCGAUGUAAUCUUAGAUAUGAUGUGUCGUCAGUGGCUGGUUGUUGUAACCAAAAUAUGUGUGUACUUUUGCCUUGUAAGUUUGUAUUUCCAUGGUAUCGGUGUUUAGGUUUCGUAAUGAUGAUUGUAAUGGGCACUGUUAUUACUUCCCCUUGGAUACUCAGAGUUUGGUUUUAUUAUGCAUACGAAGAAGAAGCUAUUCAGCAUCAAAUGCAUGUUUUACAGAGUAGAAAUCUGACUUUUCCUUAUACAGGUAACAUGCUAUCUUACCUGUCCCCUUCUCACACAUUGUACCUUGUUAUGUAUCUAUUCAUUUUAAUAGAAUUUGCACUUUAUAUGAUUAUGCCUGAUUCGGUUAAGCGGAAGUUGAAAUGGACAGUUCGCACAUGCAUACGUGAUAUGCAUAACACACCAAAAUUGGAGGCUUGUGCUUUUUUCGCUGCACACAUGCUUUGGCCUUUGGAAAAGUUUGGAGUGUUCGGUUGUGUUGUUCUUCCUCUUUGGCUUUUAGUGCUACCUCUUUGUUUAUUGCUUCUUUCCCUUGAAGUUUUACCCAUUGCAAAUCUCUCAGUCAGACUACUUGUAAACGCACUUUACUAUUCUGUAAGGACUGUAAAGCCCGAUAUGUUCAAUAUGUGUGCCAAACCAGCUGAAGGAAAAUUAAAAAAUUGGGUCCGAAAAAGGCUAGAUUCUAUUUUGGUAGUUAAUUAUAAAGAAACAAAUAAGAGGCGAAACCAAAUUAUCCAAGCAGUGUCUCUCAUACUUAGCUUUGCAACGAUGUGGGUAUUUCUGUUUAUAGUUAUCGACUGCAUUGCUUUUUAUGUCGAAUGUGCAAUCUACGCCUUAGUUGGGUUUAUACUUAACCCUCGUGAUACAAUGAAAUACGUCUCUCUGAUAUUGCUCAUUGCGGUUUAUGGGAACGAGUGUUUCAGUGGCGUUCAUAGUAAAUAUGCUGCUUACAGCAAAGCAAUCAAUACCGAAGUGCAGUCAAUGAUAGGUGAAAAGAUUGCUGAAGAGGCAUCAAAAUCGGAGAGCGAACAAGAGAACGUUGCUUUUAGAAUUCCUAAUUCAGAUAUUGUUGCUGAAAGAAUGAAUUUGGAGGCAGGUUCAGAAGGUUAUCUUAAGUGGCGGGCCCGGCGUCUUGUCCUGUUUUUGGAUAAGUCUGAUAUUCCUUACAUACCGAAGAUAUUUUUGUUCGAAAUGGGAACUUUGAACCAUCAUUUUUGUCCAGGUGUAAUUCAUUUACUAUACCUUAAGGCUCUCCUUGACUUUUCACUAAUUCUUGGGUUUCUCAUGUUUGUUUUCAUUGUCAUAUUUGCUUUUGGUCAAGCCCAAGAUAUAUCUUCAGGUGGCCAAACUAUUGCCGCUUUGGGAAGCGGCUUUUUGCCAUUAGUCCUUCGGAAAUUCCUUUUCCAAACACAUGCUGGUACUGGUGUUGAUAAGUCAAAUCUGAAAUGGAAGUAUAUGUUUGUAAAUGCCGUUCAAACGUUUUCGACCAGAUGGAAUUUCACUGACAUUCAUGUAACUCAUAUGGAAGAAACUGAUCUCAAACUCGCAGCUGAUGCUUCUAACGCAGAUAAUACUGGAAAACAAUUUGAUAUUGCUACUGUAACAGAAGGUAUUAGUGGAAAUGAAACGACAGUAAAAUUAAUUGAGAAAACGCAUGCCAUUACUGAUGAAAACAUUCGAGGCAGUUUAGAUCUUAUUGUGAAAAGCACGAUGGAUAACGAAGGAAAAGAAAUUAUGACAUUUUAUGUACCUGGCAAUUCAGUGGACGAUGCAAUAACCGAUGUCACCAUAACUGUUAACGAAACUGCUCCAGUCGAUGAAUCAAUUAUAUGAUUGUUACAUUGUUAAUCUGUCGUGUGUCGUAUAUUUCUGUUUACAUUCUUAAUUUGAUAUUCUUAAGAGUGGUAAGAAUUUCUGACAGAUUUUGGAAUUUCAAGCGGCUUUAUACUUAACUAUUAAUUAACUAAUUGCAAAUGAGGCUUAUCUACAUCAUUCAGUUAAUUUUAGCCAGGAAUGAUUUUAAAAUUGCAGUUUCGGUCAUGAUAGUGUAGCUUGUAAUCUCAUUUUAGUGUAAAGCAUUAAGAUUAAGAGAGAAGAAAAAAAAAGAACAUUUACAAAUGUGAAAAAAACCCUUUUGAAUAUAACAUAGGUAAAGCGGUAAAAUGAAAAACUUUAUCAAUAUGAUAUGAAAAUUUAAAACGUUUCUUCGACCGCUUUUAUUUAAUAUAAGUGUAACUAUUUCAUGUAUUUUAAGCUUCCAGUAUUGAAAAGAAACUAAGAACGAAAUAGUGUUAUUUAUUUUCUAAAAAAGCCCCUAGAAACACGCAUGAAAAUAUGUUUAUAUUUGUUCUGUUAUGUCGUAGCUAUGUUGUUUUUGUUGUACCAAGAUAUUUUAUAAAGAAAGUUCUUUUUUAUCUGCUCACUGAGAUCAGAAUUUAAACCUGUUUCGUGUUUUGAUUAGGUUCUGAAUGAGCGGUGCUUCUUUGUUCUGUUUGUGAAAGACUACCAGUGUGCACAGCGCAUAACCCUGAAUCAAUAUCUUGAAUGCACUUGCAUAUCAAGAUGUGGGGAAAAGAUAAAAAGAAGCUUUUUUUUUGUUUUUUUUUUAUAUUUGAAAGACUACCAAUAAAACGUUUGGUAAACAAAGUGUGCACCGAUCCUUGUAACAGCUCAAAUAAAUCAUACCAGUAUGCAGUAGUGCAAUGUUUUACUCUUAACAUGUUUGAAUAUUUUAUGGCAGAACCAUAACGAAGGGGUUAUAUAUCACGCGGAAUUAUUUAAAAGAGGGUCUAGCGAGAGGGAAUACUUACGUGCGGUGUAUACCCUUAAGUUGAUAAAAAACACUGCUAUAUAUUAUUUCGAUUUUGAUAUGUCUGAUAUGUUUUUAUCUACAAUUGUAGAUAAAAUAUGGUAGCCUCUUAAAGUAGGUAGGCUUGACGUCGCCGUUAAAACAUGUAAUA